AUGGUGCUUUGGCGAAAAGUCAACAACUUGGUGGACCUGCUGGGCCACGCAUCAUCAAUCCAACGGCUCACGCUUAAGUUCCGGUCAAAGAAACGAUACACCUGGACUGAGAGAGAUGGAAAGGACCGCACGAGCGUGUACUUCGCUCGCUGGCCAUGGCCGUUCCGCUAUGGCGCGCCCUUUCCAUACCGCCUCAAGUUUUGGAUUGCUAGGAACCCAUACGAUCACGAGGCAGUAUUUCUACCAUUCUGCCGCUUGAGGAAUAUCGAGGCCAUGUAUAUGGAUUUCCGGUGGAAGGGUGCUCUGGAUCCUGCCACGAACAUGGACUGGUCCCUGCACAAAUUCGUCAUUGAGCAUCUCACCCUGAAAAAUCGUCGACUUCUCUGCCAAAAGUGCAAAGAGCUUGGUGAUCCAAUACUCGGUAUCCUUCCCCGUCUCAUUAGCGAGAUUGAUCACCGAUACAUGCAUACGGAGGGUGAGUUGCCUGGUUAUACCGCGUAUCGGAACUUCAAAAGUAGCGCCAACUGGCCCCGACGCAAGAAAGAAUCUCGCAAGGAGAUGAUGAAAGACGCCCAAUUCGAAUCGAAGCAUGGACAGGGACAUUGGGUGUGGCCAGAUUUUAUACCAACGGAAAGUUGUCCCUGCAGAGCUCCUCGUGAUAAAGAGUAG